AUGGGAGCAAUUCGAAGUGUCACAAAUAUUUCCAUUACUAGUGAUGAUUCAUUACCAAAGUUUAUAUGUAAUGAAUGUCUUGAAACAUUGAAACUUGCGAUGGCAUUUAAAAAAACAUGCGAGAUAUCAGACAAAAGAUUUAGAAAGAUCUUGAAUCCAAUGGGGGAUCCACUUUUUCAUUCAUAUCCAUAUUCAAAGCAUGAUUUUCAACUAAUAUUACAUCAAAUGAAACUUAAAAGAAUGAAGGUGGAACAGAAAACAGAAAGGGAGCGUAAGAGGAAAGAGAGAGAGCAGCAGAAGAAAGACCCAAAAGUAAAAGAGUUCAAGUGUUCCCCAUGUGAUGUAGUUUUUCAAACAAAAGAGCAACUUGUUUCGCACCGGCGCGAGGCUCAGUGCAUGCGGCGGGCAUGCGACGUUUGCGGCCAGCUCGUGCUGAGCAUUGCUCAGCACAUGCGACACAUUCACAAGCGCACGGUCCCACACAAGUGCCCUACAUGUGGAAAGGAGUUCCCUAUUAUAGCCCGCUUGAAGAGUCAUAUGCUGGUGCACACAAACACAUUUAACUUCUACUGCGACCUGUGCCCGUACAAAUGCAAGCACAAAUACUACCUGGUGAUGCAUAUGCGCACCCACACCGGGGAAAAGCCCUACAAGUGCCAGCACUGCCCGGCCACCUUCGUCAACCCCUCCAAUCUCAAUAAGCACAAGCUCACGCACCAGGAGAAGCAAUACAAGUGCAUGCUGUGCGAGAAAUCAUUUCGCACGAACGCAGCGUUGCGAGGCCACCAUGACGCCACGCACAUGAACAUCAAGCACACCUGCAACUUCUGCGGCCGCGACUUUUGUUAUAAGUCCGAUCUGAGGAAGCACGAGAUACGGAACCACAACCGCACCAAGAGGUCGUACGUGGGCGGUGAGCCGAGCUACAAGCAGGUGGAGAGGAUGCAGAAGCAGCUGGUGGUGGCCAAGCCGGAGAUCCUGCAGGCGACCUUCAUAGACCAGAGCAAGGACUUCAUACAGACCCACCAUCCGGUCUACUUCUCCGACGUGACCGCGAUAAUACAGCAGCCAGUUCAAACGCAAACGCUGCAGAUAACAUUGCCCGAUCUGGUAUUGAAGAAAGACGAAGUACAGAUAUACGAAACGGAGCAGACUAUCGCGUAUUUU